AUGAAAACUUCCUCAACAAAAAUUCCUUCAAAAGAUUCGAGGAAAUUUUGUACAGAAGUUACAGGGAUAAUUAUUAUCAAAAAUUAUGAAACUCUAUACUACAUGAUUUUCUCGACUUCUGUCUUUCUGGGGACCAAAAAUCAGAGUAGGAACAACGCUACUGUUGUCAGCGAUUCAGCACAGAAUUUAGCACUCCAACCAAGAAAAAAAACUGUAUUUUUUUCAUUUUCUCUGCUUUUCGAUUCCAAAUACAAAUUCCAAGCUUUGUAAAAAUCUCAGAAAUUUUCGCAGGUUUCAAGCUAUCAUAUUGAAUAAUGGUUAAUUCUGAUAAACCAAAGAGAAGGGUGGCUUUUGUGCUGAUAGAUGGUUUGGGUGAUGUAUCACUGCCAAUGUUUGGUUAUAAAACCCCUUUGCAAGUAGCCAACUUGCCUAAUUUGGAUGGGAUUGCUUCGGCCGGAGUAAAUGGUCUGAUGGAUCCUGUUGAAGUAGGCUUGGCCUGUGGAAGUGAUACUGCCCAUCUUUCUUUAUUGGGUUAUGACCCUAGGGUUUAUUAUCGAGGUCGAGGUGCAUUUGAAUCAAUGGGUGCUGGACUGGCAAUGUCUCCAGGAGAUAUUGCAUUUAAAUCAAACUUCGCAACACUGGAUGAGAAAACUGGAGUAGUUGUUAGUAGGAGGGCUGAUAGGCACUUUGAAGAAGAAGGGCCUAUUCUCUGUGCAGCAUUGGAUGGAAUGAAGCUUCCAUCUUUUCCUGAGUAUGAAGUUAGAGUCAGGUACGCAACAGAGCAUAGAUGUGGAGUGGUUGUGAAAGGACCAAACUUGAGUGGAAAUAUAUCGGGAACAGAUCCAUUGAAGGAUAAUCGCUUACUUCUUCAAGCUGAAGCCCUUGAUGAUUCUAUUGAAGCAAAGCACACGGCUGCAGUUGUUAAUGAUUUGUCGAAAGAGAUUACUCGCAUAUUAGUUGGCCACCCAGUAAAUGCGAAAAGGGCAGCCGAAGGAAAGAAUAUUGCAAAUGUUGUCCUUUUACGAGGUUGUGGCAUUCGAAUCGAGGUUCCUCAAUUCGAGAAGGUCCAUGGGCUGCGGCCAUGCAUGGUAGCUCCUACCAAAAUUAUAGCUGGAUUUGGUUUGUCUCUGGGUAUUGAUAUUUUAGAAGCUCCGGGAGCAACAGGAGACUACAGAACCCUAUUAAGUUCGAAAGCAACUGCCAUAGCCAGGGCACUUUCAGCUCCUCUGCAACCUUGCCCCAGCGUUUUUGUACCUGGGGAGGAUGAACACAAACCUGGUCAAGCCGAUGGCUAUGAUUUUGGGUUCCUUCACAUCAAGGCAAUAGACGACGCAGGCCAUGAUAAAGCUAGCAUGUUCAAAGCCAAAGGAUUAGAAGCUGUUGAUCGAGCUAUAGGACAGCUGGCUAGGCUCCUUUGGGAAGCAGAAACAACAGGGGCAUUUCAAUAUUACCUUUGUGUCACCGGAGAUCACUCUACCCCAGUUGAAUAUGGUGACCACAGCUUUGAACCCGUCCCAUUUGCAUUGUGUGGUUUAAAAGACUUUGUUGCCGCUGUGGGCAGUGAAUCGGUUCUUUCUACUUCCCUCGACCCAUUUCCACUUCCAACAAUCCAAGCUGGUCAAGAAUUUGUAGACGAUUUGCUGAAGCAAGAAGAGAGAGAGAAACGAAACAAACGUUUAGAGGCUUUCAAAGGAGACACUGUUUUUGAGUUCAAUGAGAUAACAGCAGCAAGAGGAUGUCUUGGAAGAUUUCCUGGGAGCGAAAUGAUGGGAAUUAUAAAGGCAUUUCUUAAGCUCGAAUCCUGAGAAGCUUUGGUACUAAAUUUUGUGGUUAGUUUCUGCUUCAGAUCAAGAAUAAUAAUAUGUUGUUAAGGUAUUUUUAACUGACAAACACCUUUGUUAAAUGGUCUAAUUUUGGAAA